UAUCUUGAAAAUGGAGAGCCAAUUGGAAACCGACAACUUUUGGAACCGCUCCUCACGCGCCGCCUUUAGCUUCGACGAUGACGACGACAUUGACGCUGUCGGUGCCAGCGACUUUACAAAGUGGGACAACAAUGCAAUUUUUAACGAUGAUACAAUAUCCGAGGCUAGCUUUGACAACAGCGUCGGCUCGUUAAAUUUAUCCAUUAAGUCCAUCAUCACCGAUGAGGCAUUAAAACUCGUACUACAGGAACAAACACUUGACGAUUGCGUUGUUUGCAAGGGUGUCACGCCGGAGGAAGAGCUGAGGUUACUGCGACGGCAAAUUCAAAAUACCUUAUACAGUCCCUCGCCGGAAGCAACUGCGGUCAAACUGUUACAAGGAAAAACAGUGUCCCUAGAGGUGUUCAAGUCGCUGCAUGAGAAGCAACAGUUGCUGGAUACGCUACUACAAAACGGAGGGGGAGACGCCGUAAUUGGCGUGUUACUGUUUCUGAAGCGAACACUGAACGCUAAUCAGUUCCAUAGUAUACUGCAGAGGCGACCUAAGGCAUUGGAGCACUAUCUCAGCUACCUGCGACAGGCAGGUGAGUUAAAUAGUUGCCUGGACCUAUUGCAGCGUUUUGGGCGCUCCCAGGAGGCAGCACUACUGCAGUUUCAGGCGGCCAUGUCAUGCAACGAAUUGGUCAUCCGAAAACAGCAACUACAGCGUUUAGUAGAUGCCUAUGCCAAUGCAGGAGUGGGCAUUAUACCACUACAUGAGCAAAUUUUUCAUGCAGCCCUCAAGCUGCAGCUGCUUGUCGAAAGGGAACGCGGAUCCGGCUUGGGAAAGCAACUUAGUGACCACGCCACGCCUGUAGAGGUGUUGUAUGCCUGCUGCCAGAUAAAUAAUAACUGGAAGGAGCAGGACAUGUUGAAGCUAAUAUCGCCGCAACGCUUUAGUGCUGAUCAACAGAUCUCGGCAGCGCAAUACGAAUGGACAGCGCUGAAUGAACGUGCUCGCGCCCAGGCCUAUGCGGAUUUGGAGGCGAUUUUCGAGCGCGUACCCACCUGGAACCCUAUUAAGUCCAAGCAGUUCCACAUCAGCUUCGAUCUGGCGCUGGCAGUACAGCGUUUAUACGAGCUAAAGGCACCACCUACAGUGCUGCAAAUGUUUCUCUCUAAGAUGAACAACAAUAGCGAUAAGCUUCGGCUGGCUCAGCGUGUUAAAUGCACGAAGGCAAUCAUCGAUGCCAUGGUGGGACUGAAGCAAGUCCAGGAACUACAAAUUCUAAAGGACACGCUGGCUGAACGUAGCGAUGACCAAUUCUAUUGUGAAAAUGCAAUCAAGGGGCUGCAGACGAAGCGCUGGACUACCGACAACAUCAAGUUGAAAUUGUAGCCGCCCGCACGUGUUACUUUACAAUUGAUGUACAUAUAAAUUUAUUUAAUUAUUUUAUGAAAUGUUUGUAUAUGUAUAUAUUAUGUAUAUAUAUAUGGGUAUGUAUAAUUUAAAUAAUUGCGAAUCACAAGCUGUUAAAAAAUACAUACAAAUUGUAUAUACCAUACAUUAACAAAAAUAAGUGCCUUUUU